CCAAAUUAUUUUUUCUUAGCUUUAUGUUGAGCUGUGUAUCAUCAAGAUCAACAAUUUAUUACAUGCAUACCUCGCCUCGCUUCGCUUGGUAGAAUAAUUUCUCGAGUUCGCAAUCGACUGCUCAUCUGAAUUUGACUUCUGAGUACAAUACUUAAAUACGCGCAUCAUAACCAAACAUUUAGUCUGAACAUCCUUAUUUACAACAUUAGUACGUUAUUUCUUGAACACAACAAUGGCAACCGAUAAGACAGGUUCCAACCUUUCCUUCCAUAACUCCAUAGUCCAUUCCAUGUGAUAUCUGUCACAAUUGACUCGCAUAUAUAUCGAAAAUUACGGAGGCAUCUCCAGAGUCUGGAGUGGUGGCUUCUGUAAUUCGCGGAUGGUGUGACAUGGCCCCGACCAAUCACAAACCAAACACGGACCAACUGGAAAAGUGAGGUUAUACCCGCGUCGCAUUCGCAGAGAGCAACUAAUUCUCAUGUACAUACGGUAUAUAACUAUAUAAAUCGAAUCAAAGUUGCGCGAGCAGACGAAAACGUAUCACGAUCGCGGCAGUCCGUAAUAACAUGCAAAAAUGAAGAAUUACGAAAUCAUCCAUCGAGGUGCGAGUUACAGCGUCGGACUGUGCAUUAGUAGCUCUCCGAAUUAGCGCAGGCCACGACACAACGAGACAUGCUACUACACUGGCUUGAAAAAUGUCCUCGGUGACGGUGUUGCUUUAGAAUACACACGCUAUACACGCGAGAAGACGUUUUCCAGGUAAGCCUCGCAAAGGUUAUGCCCUCGUGCUUCUGAGGAAUCGGAGGAUCUUGUGACUAGAGGGCAACAUGACGCUGCUCUGCAAGUUCGCGCGGGCCGAGAUGAUGCUGCAUCUCAGGCCCAGGAAUCUGGCACUCAGUGUGUCCAAGAGAUGCUACGUUCAGGCAUAUAUCAUCCAGACCUCACAACUGUCUCGGAAGAAGCUUCUGAACCUCAAGCAUCUCAAGAGGUUCUCCACAGACAGCAUCAAGACAAAACUAGGAGAACCUGUCAAACAGGUCAACAACAUUCGGAGAACCAAGAACAAUGAGCUGCGCAGGCUGUUCUUGUUGGCUGCGCCAGAAAAGUGGCGCCUAAUAGGUGCUAUUGCCUUUUUAAUUAUAUCCUCCACGGUUACCAUGGCUGUGCCAUUCUGUCUUGGCAAAAUUAUUGACAUUCUUUAUACAAAUGAUCAGAAUAAGACCAAGGAGAAUCUCAACAAGGUCUGCUUUGUUCUGCUUGGAAUUUUCAUAUUUGGUGGAAUGUGUAAUUUUGCAAGGAUUUACCUCAUGUCUACCACUGGACACAAGAUCACGCAGUCUCUCAGGAAGAAGGCCUAUGCUGCUAUAUUGAGUCAGGAGACUGCAAUGUUUGAUAAAGUCAGCACUGGAGAACUUGUUGGAAGACUAUCUGGAGAUGCCCAGUUGGUCAGUUCAGCAAUUACGAGUAACAUUUCAGAUGGACUAAGGUCAGGCAUAAUGACAACAGCAGGAAUUUCCAUGAUGUUCUAUGUCUCUCCACAAUUAGCCCUUGUUGGCUUAGCAAUAGUUCCUCCAGUAGCUGCAAUGGGAAUCCUGUAUGGCAGAUUUGUCAAAAAGAUCUCAAAAGAUGUACAAAAUAGUUUGGCUGUGUUAAAUACAACAGCUGAAGAGAAAAUUAGUAAUAUUAGGACUGUUAAAGCUUUUGCACAAGAGCUCAAUGAAAUUGAAAAUUAUCGUACAAAGUUACAAGACUUACUGCAACUCUGUUACAAAGAAAGCUUCUACAGAGGAAUAUUUUUUGGCAUGACUGGGCUGUCUGGUAAUGCUAUAAUAUUGUCGGUUCUUUAUUAUGGAGGAGUUAUGCUCUCCGAUUCAACAAUCACUGUUGGAAACCUAAGUUCAUUUUUGUUAUAUGCUGCAUAUGUGGGCAUUUCCAUGGGUGGAUUGUCGAGUUUUUAUUCUGAAUUGAACAAAUCUCUUGGUGCCAGUACUAGAUUAUUUGAGUUGAUUGACCGCAAGCCUGCAAUACCCAUUCAUGGUGGAAAAAUUUUAGAAAAAGAAUUGACAGGAGACAUUGUCUUUAAGGAUGUUAGUUUUACUUAUCCCACUAGAACUGAAUCAAUGAUUUUGAAGGAUUUCAACCUGCAUAUUCCAAAGAAUUCAGUCACUGCUGUUGUUGGUCCAUCAGGGUCUGGAAAGUCUACUCUGGCUUCUUUACUACUGCGAUUGUACGACCCUGUAUCAGGUUCUGUUUUAUUGGAUGGAUAUAACUUAAGGGAAUUGGAUCCUUGUUGGGUGAAACAACAAAUUGGUUUUGUGUCCCAAGAGCCUAUACUGUUUAAUGGAACAGUGAGAGAAAAUAUAACUUAUGGAAGCAAAGGUGCUGCAGAUGAAGAAGUAAGAGAAGCUGCUAAGCAAGCUAAUGUAUUAGAAUUUAUAGAGAGAAUGUCCGAUGGACUUGACACUUAUGUCGGAGAAAGAGGAAUUACUUUGAGUGGAGGCCAGCGCCAAAGAGUUGCUAUUGCAAGAGCUCUCAUCAAGAACCCGAAGAUCCUGAUUCUGGACGAGGCGACAAGCGCCCUCGACUCGGAGUCGGAGAGUCUGGUCCAACAAGCCCUGGAGCGAGCCACCCUUGGUCGAACCGUUCUGACGAUAGCCCAUCGGCUCAGCACGAUUCGCAAUGCCGACAAGAUAGCCGUGCUGGACGGCGGCUCGGUACGCGAGAGCGGCAGCUACGACGAUCUCAUGGCUCUGCCAAACGGCCUCUUCAGGAAACUCGUUCAGCACCAAACGUUCGGCUGAAUAUUACGCAGGAAAGAAGAGGAGACGCUUAUCAAGAGACGCGCCCCCUCCACGUUCCCGCAAAAGAAGACGACGACGAGCCUCCGAAUUCUUUUAUGUCCGUAUAUGUAUGCGUGCUGUAUAACUAUUAUACGUGGAGGUACGUGCGUGCAUACGUACACGAAUGUAUGCAUGGCUGUGUGUACUGGUUCAUUUUCAAUUUUACUUUGUCGCGCAGAAAUUGUAGGGUAAGCGUGUGUGUGUGCAAAAGUACGCGGCGGACGCGCUAGCUCCAAUGCGUAAACACGCAUACAAGCGCCCGUUACGCCUAGGCAAAAUCGGACUUUGAACUCUGCGAAUGUUUAAAGCGAGCGUCUGGGGAAAGUAGGUGAUAGGUUUGCGGAAAAGCACCAUGAGGGAGAGAGACUACUCGCUUAGCUUCUUUUUCGGGAACUGAAAAAAAGAGGGUGUUUUCGCGAUCCGCUUGCAGAUGACUUGCGAAUUCGCUUCUCGCGUUCGCGCGCGCGUUCUCUCUUUCUCUCUCUCUCUCUCUCUCUCUCUCUCUCUCUCUCUCUCUCUCUCUCUCUCUCUCUCUCCCCCAAAGAGUUUAUCGAAGCAAACGCGCAAACUACACACUUUCUCCCAGCCCCACGCGGCACUCGGCGAGCCGAUCAUCGUUCAGUCAGCCUCCAAGCCUCACCGGGUGCAGACGUAGGGACAGCGAAUAAACAGCCGGGCACGUGUAUAUUACUUGGAACCUCUUUAACUUGUUGUUUGCCAGUCAGAAAUUACUCGAUAAUCCUGGCUCAAAUUAUUGUCGCGUGCGGUCGGGUAUAUUCGAGUCUGUCGAGGUGCGCGCGCGUUCGGGGCUGAAGCACCCUCUUACACUGUCAGAUUUUUUGUAAUAUUUGUACUCGAGGGAGACAGAGAUUGUGGCUAAUCAAGUGUACGGUAGUAUUUAUACACGGAGAAAGGUUUUGUUUGUUGAUUGACUUUAUCAAGAGUUUAUACGACUCAGUGUACUUAGAAUCCUCGUUACUCUUUAUAAUUUCAUUGACCGGUUUUAUAGAGCAAUGCUUACCUCCUGUAGAAUCGUGACUCGCAAACUAAAACUUAAGCCAAGUUGCUUGAGAGCUCUACGUUUUGACAAGUACAGCACCAAGGUGCUAAAAAGCCAUUAUGGUGAAGUCGAAGUGCCAGAUCAGACGCUUAGCCAAUACGUUUUCUCCAAAUCGGAAAACUGGAAAAACCGCCCGUCUCUGGUAAAGUGUCCUUUUUUACUGAAAUUUUAUUUGAACGCUUCUUUUCUUUCGAGAAUUAAAAUGUCAUCUUUCUGAAAUUACUUUUUAUGCGAAUACCAACCGUUUUUUCAUUAAAGUUGUUUCUACUUCUUUAUUUUUAUCAAUGAAUUUUCUAAUACAAGCUGAAAUUUUUUUUCUUGUGACAAUGAUCACCGCGUAAAUGUAUACAAGUAAUUACGUCACUGUUUACUGUAUCUUCUUUAAUCUUCUCCUAAUUCUAUUUACUAUUGAUUUUGUAUUAUGCACAAUUCUUCGGCGCGAACGCUCAGCUGUGAGCAAAAAUCAAUAGUUUCCUAUAUGAGACAAACAGCUGUACUCUGCUUUAACGUUUAAUACGUUUGCGCUUCUAAAUCCAAACAAUAAGAGGCCUCGAUUGGCUUGCGUGUCGCGUCUCAUCGUAUAUCUCGGCUCGCCUCGAGAGAAAGAGCACAUCGAAGUGAUGCAGACAAUUAUUAAGUGUAAUUCGCCACUGCUUACGCAAGCAGAUACGUAAAAAGGCGGAUCGGCAAAGAUGAAUGAGACGAGUAGCGCCAGACGAUAAAAUAGUAUGUAUACAAUAUUUACAAAUGCAUUUUCGAGCCGAUAACGCCUGUGACAAAGUCCACCGCAGACCAAUAAUCGACCCUCGGAUUAGCGUCUGGGUCUAAAAGUCAAGUUUUUUUUCAUGAUAGCUGUAUUUUUGUCUUGCUUCGCUUAUCACCUCCGGAAUUACGUCAAGAGGAUUCGUCAGUUUUUUGGGAGUAGCUUUGUUAUUGUGGGUAUUGGCGUGAGAUUAAAUUGUCGGAGGGUUCUGAGAGUUUUUUUUGCGCGAUGAUUGACCUUUUUUGCUGAGAUGCCAAUGCAAUUCAUAUCAAUGCAAAUGAGACAAUAUUUAUGAAGGAAAUAUGGUAAAGGUGGUAGGAGUUAUUACAUAUCCUUAUAUGUAUAUUUUGUUUUCUUGUUAAGACGGUUUAAUUUUAACUGAUAAAGUUAUGAGCAUACUGUGUAAAUUGAUAUGCAAAUUGUUGAAAUGUAUUAAAGAAUUUAAGAACGGGUGAAUUUUUACCAAAAAAAAACACACUGAAAUGUAUAUGUUACAUUGCUACAGAACCUUAAUAAAAGUGGUACAUCUUUACAAAUUUAUCUCGCAUUUUUUUGAGCUAAAUCCGAGCUCAAUAGCUUGCCAUUACUAGAAUCAAUUGCUCGACUUAUUGAUUGACCGUUAGACUUAUUUUUCCAAGUCUUUUGUUAUCCUAUUAAUUUUACAGAUUUUACUGAUAAGAUAAAAUGCUUCGAUAUUACACAAGCCCUUUAAUUUUCGAAUUCAAAGGCCCUUCGGUAAUGUGUACACACCUCUGUAGAAAUUUAAAAUCAAAAUGAAAUCGCAAUUUAAUGCCCAAUAUUUUUUAAAUCCAAAUUAGCACGUUGUAUAUUAUGACUUAAACGAAUCAAAAUUAUAAUUAACUUGUCAAAUUUUAAAUACUUGUUUUCCAAAGCUCGUUUGUUUGCACAAAAGCUCUUGAAAAGCAAUGAUUGGUUCCCCAUGAAUUGCCGAUUCUUUUUUCAAAUCUUUAUAACUGUGUAUAUCUUUGAUCGUCUGGUUCGUUAAAUUACGAUCGAAAAUCGUUUUAUCGCAAUCGGAAUUGAGCUCAUUUUUUUUGCAAUCAGAUCAGAUUAUAUUGUUUCCUGAUUCGGUUCAAAUAACGUAAUUAGUAGGUGUGUGCAGCAGACAUUUUUCAUUAGUGAGCCAAUUCGAUAGCCCCGAUGCGAUAACGCCGUCUGAAUUUCGUCUGAAUUAAUAAAUUAAAAAUAUCGCGACUUAUAUGUGCGCAGUUGUAUUCAGAAGUAUAACGUUAUUUGCGAAAUGUCGAGCAUGCAGACGUACAAGAGAUAGUGCGCUUGCGGAUCUAUUAAUAAUCAAAAGAUUAAUUAUGUUGUUUAUAUGACAGUAAAAAUUGCAGUAUAAUAAGGAGAUGUAUCAAAACCAAGGUUAUUGGAAAUGCAGAUUAUACUAGGUGAUUUAGUUCAUUGACGUCAAAUGAUUAUUGAAAAAAUCUCGUAUUAAAUUUAACAAAACAAUGUGUAUUCUAACAUUUGGCAAUAGUAAAAUAUUGCCAAUUUUAUUUAAAAUACAUACGCAGACGCCUGGUUAAUUAGCUGAAAUUUAUUUAUCUUCGCGAUUGAACAAUGAGUUUAAAGUUUGCAACUUUCAAACAGUGUACACUGUACAGUGUACAUAUAUAUCGUUUGAAUAACUAUAAAAUACCAUAUGAAACACAGGCAUAGUAUACAAACUGUGUCGAGUUAUCUACAGCGGAAUUGUUACUAUAUAUCUUCAGAAAUCUAAAGAAAAUCAAUUCGACUAAACGAUUACUCAAUAACACAUUUUGUGAUCCACGUUUUGUCAUAAUUCACAUCAGUUCUAGAAUAAAGAAAUAUUUCGGAUCGGGGGAUUCCCCUAAAUCUUUGAAAACCA